UUUCCUGAGGGAGGGGAAGAAGUGGAUCACUAGUGGGGGCGGUUGAAUAAUACAAAACAACACGGCCAGAGAGCUGUGGACUCACAUGUCCGAGCUCCCCCUUUCCCUUCCUCCUUUCUCCCCCCCUUUUUUUUUUCUACCACCACCAUCACCACCAUCAUCGCGGGUGCCAGCUGAGGACAGUCGACCGAGGAAGAGCGCACGUCAGCGGACACCUGAGCGAAAAGCCUCGGUGAGAGCCCGUUGGAGCGCUGCUGUUUGACAUGAUGGACUCCCCCUCAGACCUCUUCGAUGAUUCCAACCCGCAAGUCCACCCAUUUGCCCCCCAACUCCUGUCGGCAGAAGUGCUCGGAGGGCUUCCAGGUGGCGGCCGGCCUCCUCCGACCGCCUUCAGACCACUCGGCUUCCCCCUCAUCCAGCAGCACCUCAGCCAGUCCUGCAGAACCCCUCGCGGCCCGCCAAGCGCACACCUGGCCGUGGAGCGAGAAGAGCCAGAGGGCCAGGAGGGCUUGUCGACUGACGACGAGGGUAAGAAGCGAGCGGGACCCCAAUGGGGUCAGGACUUGGCGAGGUUGAAGAGGAUGAAGCUGGAGGAGGGCGGCACGAGGCGUGGUGGGGGAGGGAGGGAGCUGAGGAGGAGGAGGAGAGCGGAGCUGAAGGAGCAGCUGGAGGAGGCCAGGGAAAGACUGCAAGCCCUGCAGGAGAAAGUGCUGAGGGCCUUUGGGGAGAGCAACACCGACGAAGAGGAGGGGAAAAGGAAUGGAAAUGGAAAGGAUGCGGAGGAUGAGGUCAUAGCCGAGCGGAUGUUUGACGACGACGAGGAACUCGAUGGAGGUGCUGCGGAAAACGAGCCCCUCUGUCUUAUCGCCCCUUUUUAUAGCUUCAAGGAAAGGGAAGAGAAGCAAAAAGACGGCGCGAGGACGCAGCGAGGACGAGGUGAAGGUGCGAUGGAGGGAGUGGGCCUGUGGUUGGACUGGGAUGGAGGGAUAAAAGAUGAGGACGAUGAGGGGGGGCACAAGUUCGCCCAGGCUUUGAAGCUGGAGCUCGGCAGCGCCGUGGCAAGAGUCAUCGACCGCGUCCUUCGGCUCUACACCGACACGUCCUGUCCCCAAGCCGGCGUGGAAGACAGAGAGGCGAGAGUGGAGGAAGAGUUCAGAGGUCACGAGGAGAGGCCAGGUGGGAAUGAUGGAGACAGAGAAAGACCGCUUCAAACCAUGAACAGCCUGCCUCCCCAUGGCACCCAGACCACAGAUUUGGCCUUGCCACUGGUGGCGCAAAAGUCACCCGACCUCCCGAAGGCACGCCCCUUUCUCAGCCCGCCUCUGCCAAGUCACCCCGACCUUUCGCUGCAUCUCCCUCGACCUCCCCUGCUCUUAGCCCCGGUGCCCCAACCCAAGGAGCCCACCUCUGCCCAUCCGCCCUCAUCUUCCUCCUCAUCCUCCUCUUCCUCGUCCUUCCCCGCCCCUCCUCUGGCCCUCCCGCUGCUCCACUACUCCAUGCAGCAGCUUUUCUCCCGCUCGCUCCACCACCCGCAGAUGCCCCCUCUUCCCCCGUCGUCGCGCAAGGAUUUCCUCAACUCCGACCCCUUCCUGGAGUUCCCCACACACCCUUCCUUUCCCCCGCUGCCCCUACUCGGUCAUUUGGGACCUUCCCUCAUGCGCCACGCUCACGGCGGCAGAGAGAGGGGAGUGAGGGGAGGUGGGAUGAUGGACGGAGGAGAGCUUUACCUGAGCUCAGGAGGAACUCAGGAGGGUUUGUCUCCUUGCCACCUGAAGAAAGCCAAACUCAUGUUCUUCUACGCUCGCUAUCCCAGCUCCAAUACUCUCAAGACAUACUUCCCUGAUGUCAAGUUUAACCGCUGCGUGACCUCCCAGAUGAUUAAGUGGUUCAGCAACUUCAGAGAGUUCUUCUAUAUCCAGAUGGAGCGAUUUGCUCGGCAGGCUGUCCGUGAGGCUCUAACCCGGGAUAGUGCACCUCGCUUGGGCAGAGAGAGUCAGCUGCGAGUGGGCCGGGAUACAGAACUUUACCGCAUACUCAACAUGCACUACAAUAAAAGUAACAUCUACCAGGUCCCGGAAAGGUUUAUCGAAGUGUCUGAGGUGGCCCUGAGGGAGUUUCACUCAGCCAUUUGGACAGGCAGAGACACCGACCCGUGCUGGAAGAAAGGAAUAUACAAAAUUAUCUGUAAGCUUGACAGUAGCGUACCAGAUGCCUUCAGACUGCCUGGUUGUCCAGUCGGCUAAUUAUAAUCAAGGUUUUUGGUUUUUUUUUUUUCUAAAUACUGCAAUGCCUUGAGAUAUGAGUAAGACUCGUCAUAAGUUAUUUCAAGGCAUGAGUCAAACUGCCUUCACAACAAGCAAAAGGUUGGCAGAUAGUGAUCGAUUACAUACCAAUUCUCUCAGGCAAAUUACUGCAGCUUACUGAGGAGUUGUGACCAUCUUCAUUGAUGUCUGUAUGAUACUGCCCCCAGGUGGCCAAGGCGCAGACACACGACAGGGCGCUGCACAAUUGCAGUAAAUUAAUAAUCAUGAUGCACAAACUGUUCAAUUCCGGUUGAUUGUGUUUUACAAUAUGUU